AUGGCGACGGACAUGACGGUGCACCGGGAUCAAUAUAUGAUGUCUCGCGAUACGUUAGCAUCUGGCAGAUUGACGGCUCAACACUAUCUCAUACUGCGAAGGCUGGGAUGGCUGCUUCAUCCAGACAUUGCAGCCCAACUCAGAGGUCUCCAAAGGCUCGAGAUCGCGGAUGUUGCCUGCGGAAACGCCAUCUGGUCUCUCGACAUGGCUGUUGAUUAUCCCCAUGCUCGAAUAACCGGCAUCGACAUAUCUCCACAACAGUUUCCGCCGCAGUUCACGUGGCCUCCGAAUGUGGCGCUGGAGAUCCAUGACAUCUUCCAGCCCAUGCCCGACCGAUACGCCGGUCGAUUCGACGUCGUGCACGUCCGCCUGAUCAUGGCAGCGGUGUAUUUUCAGGACAAGGAUUGGGUUAUUCACAACAUCCUCAGACUGUUGAAGCCAGGCGGGUUUAUCCAGUGGACCGAUGCCACCGUGCCGGUUCUUCGAGCGAUGAGCGACCCCCAGAGAUAUCCUGCCGCGUCGUUCCGAGAUCCUCCGGCAAUCACCGCGCCGUUGACCAGCUUGUUUGGCCACACGGAAUGGCUGCGGCAUCUUGCGGUCGAGCUUGAGCGCCAUGGGCUGAUCAACCUGCGUUACGUUGAUAUGCCGCCCGUGCCGUGGCUUUCUAGGCAGGACACAGACAAUGCAAUCUGGGCCCUGACAGAUAUCCACGAGGGUCUGAAGGUCAGAGUAGCAAAGGAAGUGUCUGACCUAUUUGGAAGAGCUGUACACGAAACACUUGAAGAUAUUCGACAUGGCAGGGUCUACUACACCACGUACUAUACAACCAUUGGUCAGAAGCCUGGAUAG